AUGUACCCAACAACGACCCUGCCAGCGAGGCAGAAGAUGAAGCCUGCUGCAUCCAAACCGGACUUGCUGCGUUGUUACAAUUGUUCAGGCAUCGGUCAUUUGUCUGCGGCCUGUAAGGAGCCACGUCGAGCAAAGGGCUCCUGCUUCCGUUGCGGCUCGACUCAACACCAGCUUAAGGAGUGCCCUAAGCCGUCCCCACGUAACAACAGCCAGGUGGCCUUGGCGGAUGAAUUUCAUCAGAAUGCCAAUGGUGAUCGUUCAUCCGCUGGCGCUGGCGAGCUGGGAGCUGCUCUUUCGGAGCUGAAUAUUUAUAGUCGAGGAAGAACCGUGGUGCGUGAUAUCGGUUCGGUUCUCGUGGUUUUGGAUAUCCUACCACCACGACACAACAACCACGGCAACAGCAAUCAUCAUCAGCAGCAUCAGCGCCGCCAUCAGCAGCAGUAG